AAAGAAAUCGCAGUUAGCUUUUAGACAGAUGUAGUUUCCUAAAACUGGAAUUUUGAAAACAAAUAUCUAAACACCCAAUUACAAUAUUUUAACAGUGGACCCGAUUGCAGCAUAUUAGACCCUUCUUCCCCCAAUAAUGCAAUUAUAUUCCUUCUUUUCUUUUCAUCUCAAUUCCUCAAAAUCUCUGUAAUUUGAGUUUGUCACCUCCGAUCUUGUUUUCAGUCAGCGAGUUGUUAACGAUGGCUUUUCAAAUUGCGAAACGCCUCCUUCGCAGCCGCGCAACCAAUGAAGUCUUCACGAUGUCGAGAAGCCCUAGUUUAGGACUGUUCUCAUCGAUCGAUCGGAACUAUUCUUCCAGCUCCAAUCUGAUCCGCGCCACUCUCUUCCCCGGCGACGGUAUCGGUCCCGAGAUCGCCGAAUCCGUGAAACAGGUAUUCACAGCUGCAGAUGUCCCAAUCGAAUGGGAAGAACAUUUUGUGGGGACAGAAGUUGAUCCAAGAACUCAAAGCUUUGUUACAUGGGAAAGUCUAGAAUCAGUAAGACAAAACAAAGUGGGGUUAAAAGGCCCAAUGGCUACACCAAUUGGUAAAGGUCAUCGUUCCUUAAACCUCACCCUAAGAAAAGAACUCAACUUAUAUGCCAAUGUUAGACCAUGCUACAGUCUACCUGGUUACAAGACUCGUUAUGAUGAUGUAAACCUUGUCACUAUUCGUGAAAACACAGAAGGAGAAUACAGUGGUCUUGAACAUCAAGUGGUGAGAGGAGUUGUUGAAAGUCUUAAAAUCAUCACACGUCAAGCCAGUUUAAGGGUGGCUGAAUAUGCUUUUUAUUAUGCUAAAGCCCAUGGAAGGGAGAGGGUAUCUGCUGUACACAAAGCCAACAUCAUGCAGAUGUCUGAUGGUCUGUUCCUGAAGUGUUGUCGUGAAGUUGCUGAGAAAUACCCUGAGAUUAAAUACGAGGAAGUUGUGAUUGACAAUUGCUGUAUGAUGCUAGUGAAGAAUCCAACACUGUUUGAUGUUUUAGUGAUGCCAAAUCUUUAUGGUGACAUCAUAAGUGAUCUGUGUGCUGGGCUAAUUGGAGGAUUAGGGUUAACACCCAGUUUGAACAUUGGAGAGGGUGGUAUUGCUCUUGCUGAAGCUGUUCAUGGCUCAGCUCCUGAUAUUGCUGGAAAGAAUUUGGCAAACCCAACUGCAUUGUUACUGAGUGCUGUGUCGAUGCUUCAUCAUUUGGAUCUUAAUGAAAAAGCUGAUCAGAUUCAGGAGGCUGUGUUGAAAACAAUUGCAGAAGGGAAGUACAGGACUGGUGAUCUUGGGGGAUCAUCAACAACCACUGACUUCACUAAAGCCAUCAUUGAUCAUCUUUGAUUUUUUUCUUACAAUAACACCAAUUUUGCAUUUAUAAUAUGUGAACAUUUGGAGUUGUAACUUGUAAGGAGGGAAUGAAUUAGACCCACCCAGAACAAGAUUUUCUUUUACUUUUUUUUUAUUUUUUUGUCAAGAUUUUAUUUGAGCGAUAAAGAUACGAACAUACUGCUCAAAACUCAAAGGAGAAAGCUGUACUAGCUGGCAUGAUUUUAUUCGUUGGUAUUAUUACGUGUAACUUAUCAAUAAGUCUCAUCAUCACUUUCACUUGAUGGAUCGAUCAUGGUUGCUUCUUUUAUUUCAUUUCUUUUGUUUACUUUAAAAACAAGGUUAUAUUAGAAUUGGAUUCAAAAUCAUUGGAUUGAAAGCCAUAAAAACAGUGUAAGUCUGUCUGUAUAUAUUGCAAGAUCAAAUAGCAAUGAAAUGCAUCUCUCACAACCUUAAAUUGUUCACAUCUUUCAGAACCUAAAUACCAACUUCAUCCAUCCAAUUCCAAUCUGUCUUUCUUCAUUUCCUUACUUUUCUCAACUUCCUUCAACCAUCAUGCAUCGUUGUUGCAAGCUUCGGGGAGCCAACCAUAGCCGUUUUGAGAAAGGGUAAGCAUGGAUGUCAUCAAGGCCGAAGCAGUAGCAGUGUGGAAAGGU